GCGUAGUCAAUGCCACUUUCCGUCCUCCAUUUUUUCCCUUCUUUCUCAGCUGCUUAUUCUUUGCUGUACAUUUAAUACUCUGGAAAUAAUAGUUAGGGCAUAAAUCAGCCAACAAAUUUCAGCGUUUCCCCUCUCUCUUUCACAUCUGUCUGGACUGAAGGCGUCAAUCUGUUAUCUGAGAGGUGGUCAGCAGUAGAGGCCCUCCACAGUGCUCCACGUGUUCCAACAUUUCCUCUCCAUUUCAAGUUUCAAAGACAAGUCUUCCAUUCAACCAAAACCAGAUCAACCUCAGCAAGUUAAAUAAAAUGGAGCUUCAGAAGAUGAAUGGUCACAGCAGAGAUGAUGGGUUUGAUGCAGUUGAAGCCAUGGAAGAACACUCAGAGUUUCUCCCUCAUAAAACUGAUGCAAAGAAAGAAGUUCACUUCACAGAUUUCGAGGGAAAGACUUCAUUCGGCAUGUCCAUCUUUAACCUCAGUAACGCUAUCAUGGGCAGUGGAAUCCUGGGACUCGCUUAUGCAAUGUCCAACACAGGAAUCAUUCUGUUUAUAAUCCUGUUAACGUGCAUCGCUCUUCUGUCUGCAUAUUCAAUUCAUCUCCUGCUAAAAAGUGCUGGAGUUGUAGGUAUCCGUGUGUAUGAGCAGCUAGGGAAUCGCGCUUUUGGCUCCCCAGGAAAAAUACUGGCUGCUAUCAUCAUCACUGUGCACAACAUUGGAGCAAUGUCCAGUUAUCUCUACAUUGUAAAGUCGGAACUCCCUCUGGUUAUCCAAGCCUUCCUUGCUAAACAUGAUAACACAGGAGAGUGGUUCUUGAACGGAAACUACUUGAUUAUCAUUGUUAGUGGCAUCAUCAUUCUUCCCCUUGCACUCAUGAAAAGGCUCGGGUACCUUGGCUAUACAAGUGGCUUCUCUCUCUCCUGCAUGGUGUUUUUUCUCUUUUCAGUUAUCUACAAGAAAUUCAACCUCCCCUGCUUGCUUGAUUCCAGUAAUAACACAACAUCUGCUUAUAAAGAAUUCCCAGACUUUAAUGGAACGGAUUUAACCUGUGAGGCCAAACUGUUUACCAUCAACUCAGAGGCAGCAUACACUAUUCCAAUCAUAGCCUUCGCUUUUGUCUGCCACCCAGAGGUGCUGCCGAUCUACACAGAGUUAAGAAAUGCCAACAUAAAGCGCAUGCAGGCUGUUGCCAACGUCUCCAUCCUGGCCAUGUUUGUCAUGUACCUGCUGACUGCUAUUUUCGGUUACCUCACCUUUUAUGCUGGUGUAGAGGCAGAGCUGCUGCAUACCUACAGUCGUGUGGACCCCCUGGAUGUCUUGAUUCUCUGCGUGCGUCUGGCUGUACUGGUGGCUGUCACACUAACUGUCCCUGUGGUUCUGUUCCCGAUUCGAAGAGCAGUGCUCCAGAUUUUCUUCCCUGAUAAGCCUUUCCACUGGGCCAGACACAUCAUCAUUGCAUUCUGUCUCAUCUUCGUGGUCAACUUGCUUGUUAUAUGUGUACCUUCCAUCAAGGACAUCUUUGGCAUCAUCGGAGCCACAUCAGCCCCCAGUCUUAUUUUCAUCCUUCCUGCAAUCUUCUACAUCCGGAUUGUACCUGAAGACCAGGAGCCUUUGAAGUCAAGACCUAAGAUUCAGGCCAUAUGCUUUGCAGCAUUAGGAUUCAUCUUCAUGAUCAUGAGCCUGUCAUUUAUAUUCAUCAACUGGAGUACCAAACAGUCCCAAAGUAUAGGUGGGCACUAGCUGGGCACUGGAUGCUAUGACUGAACAAAGGUACUACAAACAGAAUGUCAAACAAAAUUCUCCUAGUAAUUAUCCCGCUCAGCUGAGAUCCUGUCCAAAGUCUGGAGAUUUUCAACGGAGGAAAAGCAUAUGAAGAACCUUCGUCUACGUCGAAAUCAGGAAAAUGUUUUGCCGUUUGAUAGGACAGAAACAUGUCCUGUUGCGGAGGAGGGAACCCAGGAUGUCAUGAAACGUGUUCUGACUGAGUCCGGCCUGCCACAGCUCAAAGCAAGGGUGAAGAUGGUGGCAAAAGGAUGAAUGAGAACAGCAUGACUAAAAUGGAAAUCCCAUUUCAGUGUUCCAUGGAAUAAUUCCGUCACACCUAACAUCCCUCCAGUAUACUUCCCUAAUAUUUUAAAUUACAUUUAUGUUUUGCAGUUUCAUCAAACAAAACAGAAUAGUUUUGCUUGAAUUACCAUAUAUUUGUCCUACAAAAAAAAAAAAAGAAUUUAUUCACACAGAGAUUGUUAUAUUUGGUAAGGAAAUAACUUUCUAUGAAGUGAAGUUCAACUAAUGCGAUAUUAUUUUUUGUCUCCUAUUGUGACUGAUGUAAAAGAAUGCUAUCUUUCCGGCAGAGUCUGAGGUGACCAAAAAAUCCAAUGCAAUAGGCAGGAUUUUGCUGCUGUUCAGACAGUUUGCUGGCAAUCACAUGAGCCAAAAUACAGAAAGGAAUUUUGCACAAGAAAAGCAAUGUUUUUAUAUUAGUUUAGCUGCAAACCAAAGAGUAUAUUUAUUCAGUUACACUGACAGAGAACUUAUCCCAUUUUAAUUUAUCACAUUACGUGUGUUAAAGUAGAGCCUCAAAACAUCCAGUGUUAUAAAGCAUGUGUCAUUAGUUUCAGUAUGCUACCCAUCAACAAGGUAAAAUAAAGGUUUUUCUGUGAAUUUGGACCAAAACAUCUGUUACCUUUGUUGAACAACCUGUUCACUGUCCAACUGGUUUACUGACAUAUUGCAAUAAAAUAUGUUUUGUUUCUACA